CCGAUUAGUAACUCCCACCUCACAGUUGUUCCCGGCGCGCGUCCCCACGAGUGCCGUGUGCUGCCGUCUCCUGCACCGCCAGUACCUCACCACCCGCCCCUCACCUCACCCUCACCUGGUUUGAGUUGUGAUACCAUUGUGUGCAAAGGUGGGAACGAGAUUUGAAAUUGUGAAAGUGUUCGCUGCUGAUGGCAUUUGGUGCUGAAAAUGAGUGAUAAACAUGUGUGUGCACGUGACGAACGAAGCUGAUUGGCUAAUGCCUUGGCCAAUAACUUAUCCGGGCAGCCAAUGACAGGACGAUGUUGGCGUUUCAGGUGUUUGGCGGGAAACAGGCACAGCUCCCCUCAGGGCAGCAUGGCUACCAAACUUGAAGGCACUUGGUGCUCUUCAAGUCAGAAAAGGUGAAGCACUGCAGCUGUCAGGUUGUCCAUGAUGAGUCUUACAAGGGAGAAGUUGCAGAAGGGUGUGUGGAGGGUGUGAGCUCACUGUGAUGGCUAGAGGCCGCAACUGAGGACCUCCAGCAAGUACAGUGAACUGGUCAAGACAGUCUGCGACCUGAUGAUGUGAUAUAAAACUUUUACUUGUCCAGACGCUACGCUGGCUGGCCUUGGUACUCAGAGGCGCCAAGGAAAUUAAAGUCACAGAUGUUAUGAUAAAGUCUGUGAGAACACCUGAACUAUUCAAGACUUGGAGACAGCUGUACAGAAGUCAUAGUCAUAAAGCACAACUGUCAGAUGCCGUACAGAGAAAAAAUGAAGAGCACUUAGCGUCAACUACAGGAAAUUCCUCCCAUUACCAAGAAAGUCUUGUGAAAAACUGUUAGUGUGAAGCGUCGCAGGAGCAACAUAAACGCCUCUAACUUGUCCCUUGUGUGUGUGAGAGGCCACCAUAACACUCGUUAAACAAGACAACCAUGAAGUAGGUGGCAGAGGUAAACACAGUGCUCUUGACGACGGGCGGCCGCUGCUCGCCACCACCAAGUGAGGUUCUCAAGAGACCAAGGGAGACUAUGGCCCCCAAGUUCCUUCUGCUGUGCCUGCUGUUGAGUCUCUUCCUCUCCGACCUCGUGGACGCUCUCUGGUGGUCUCUGGGCAACCGGGCCAUCAUGGAUCACUCCCGCAUCUGCCGCAAGAGAGGCCGUCGGCUGUCCAAGGACCCUCAGAGCAUUAUCUGCCGCAAACAGCCUAUGUUCCAGUUGAUCCUGGAGGGGGCGCAGGCGGCCAUGAAGGAGUGUCAGUUCCAGUUCGCCAGUCGCCGCUGGAACUGCUCCGACAACAGGCGGUCGCUGAAGAAGAUUCUCAGCAGAGACACACCCGAGACUGCCUUCCUGAAUGCCAUCGUGUCGGCGGGGGUGACCCAUGAGUUGACUGCGGCGUGCUCGAGGGGUGACCUUCCUCAGUGUUCCUGCAGUAGAAACUCACUCGGCGCCGUCAACUUCGGGAAGAAAAAAAAGAAGCCAAAAAGUGAAAAAAGAAAGAAGUUCGAACUUCCAAGUAGACGUAAACAGCGAGGUCGAGGCGGGAAGAAGAGAAGAAGAAAAGAGGGAAGAGGAACGUCAGAUGUAGCCAGACGCAACAGAAGGCGACGUGUGGAGGCGCGGGAGGAGAGGCAGUGGACACCCAACUUCUUCGAUAACUCCCUGGCAGAACGGGACGACACCGUGACGAGACCAGGACGACCACUUUCAACGAACGAGGUUGCAGAGAGAAAAGGAAUGGCAUCAGGAGAAGCAGGAAUGGUGCCAGAAGCGGGAAUUACGCCCGGGAUGCCUGGGGCGUCUGGAGAGGAGUGGCACUGGAGUGGUUGUGACGAUAAUGUUGGGUUCGGCUACCGCAUGGCUAGGGACUUCAUGGACUGGCGGUACUUGAGGCGUCGGGAGAGUCGUGACAUCCGCAGUAUUGUCAUGCUCUGGAACAACGAGGCUGGCAGGCGGGCGGUGAAGAACAAUUUGGUGCUCCACUGUAAGUGCCACGGGCUGUCGGGGUCAUGCACCCACAGGACCUGCUGGAGGAGGAUGCCUUCCUUCAGGAGCGUCGGCAUACACCUCAAGGAGAAGUUCAACUCCGCCAUCAAGGUCAUUCCCAGUAACGACGGGGAGACGGUCAUCCCAGAGACGGAGUCCGCCAUUUUACCCAAGAAACAGGAUCUGGUCUUCUUGGAGGACUCGCCUAGUUUCUGCAGCGUCAACAAGAGGACCGGGUCCCUGGGCACUCAUGGUCGUGUGUGUAAUGCCACCACCUCUGAUGGCCUGUCUGACUGUGAGCUGCUGUGUUGUGGUCGAGGAUACACUCAGGAGGAACACUGGGUGGAGGAGAACUGUCGGUGCCGCUUCACCUACUGCUGUGAGGUGACCUGUCAGAAGUGCCGUACUAAGAAGGUCACAUCUUACUGCAGAUAGAACAAGCGAGGGAAAUAAUAGACAGUAAUGAUAAUACUACUGCGAAAGAAAAGGAAAGAAAGCCAAACAAGUGGGAAUGAAAGAGGUUAAUUAACUGAAGGAAAGUGAUUGAUUACCUAAUAAACCGAAAGAAAAUGGUUGAUUACUUAAUUAAUUUUAGUGUUUGAGUGUAAUUAUGGGUGACCUUAAACAAGAACUACAACAGAGUUAUGAUUAUCUCCUGUUCUGAAAAAGAAAGAGAGGAAAGGGCCUAAGAUGUUUAUAUAGCUAAAGCUUGAGUGUUUGGUUGUACAGUAAUCAUAUACGAUAAACAAGAAGAAUGACAAAUAUUGGUACUUAAGCCUUGGAGUGAAAACGAGAGAAACAAGCCAUUUAUGAAGUCAUGUCUGCACAAUUCUAACACCUGAGUGUUUAAGCGUGUUUAGGCGUUUAAAUAAAUAUGUACACUGAUAAUCCCUGGUGUGGAAAAUAGAGGAAGAAAAUAGUCAUGAAAUCGAGUGUUUGACAUUCUGAAACUAUAAACUUCUUCAGUGUAUUUGUUCAGAAGAAAAUAAAUAGAAUAGUAAUAGUAAUCUUUGGAAUAAAAAAACGUAAGGAAGUCAAAUCUGAUUAACAAAUAUUAAUGACGUGAUUGUUUUAGUGUUAUUACGUAAGAGAUAAAGAUAUAACAGGUGCAAGAUACCUGACACAGACUUAUGGUGUCUUGGUGCAGAACCUGGAGGUGACAAGUGGUUUGUGAACUCUACCUACUGUUGUAUUGAAGUCCAAUUAUUAGACUUAGAUAGCUUGGAUAAUAAUCCGAUCGUUUAGUAAAGAUUGAAGUAUUAUACAAGAUCAAAAGAGAGCAUUGCUUUAGGGAUAACAGAGGAUGAUAAGUCUGAUGUAAUGCUUUUAUGAUUAUGUUGUAUACAGUAUAUGCGGUGUGUUUGAGAGGUUUGUGUAUUCUUUGAAGACAGUGUUUGUUUUCUGAAACCAAGAUUUUAGUAUAUUGUAUAUUGAGAUCUCUACUGUUUACGUUAUGAGUCGAGCUUGGCAGAUUAGCUGAUUUUCAGUUGUUUUGUAAGAAUAGUCAUAUUUUUUCUAGAUCAGCUUUUACAUAAUUUCAUAAUGUUGUGUUUCAUUUUUGGUAUUUCGCUUGUCAAGAUUAUUAAACAUCAUUCAUUAAAUAAUAGUUUCUGCAGCACACAGCUGUUACACAGUGACACACAACUGUCACGGAAAAAUAAGCAAACAUUAUCAAAUUGAUGCAUUAUAUUGUUAAAUGCUGUAAUUAUUGAUGUCAAUAUAUAUUUUCCUAAGUUUAGAUUUUUUUGUAGAAAUAGUUCUGCCAAAAAGUUCUGUUGCACAUUAGUUUUUUUAUCUUGCCAAUGAACCAAAACUUGAUAUUUGGAACUGCCAAGUAUUGUUACACCACGCUUUCAACUUUAUGAAUAUUUAUUUAUGUUAAAUCAUCACCACUAUGCCUUAAAGUUCCUUUAAUCUAUUAAGGACUUUCACUGUUCUUGCUAUGCUAACAUUAUAUUGCUUAAGCCCUAUAAACACAACACUCACUACACCCACAGGUAUCCUCAUUCAGUACACCGACUGGCUUUAUAUUUACACCUCCACUACGCAUUCAACAAAACCACUUGUUUUUACUGACACCUUUACACAGACUCUAAGCUUCCAAAACAUUCACUGAAAUUCCGACUUCAGUAUACUGAUAACGUUACACUGGGUGUACUGUACAUUUUAGUACACCCACACACUGUACGUCUAACACAGCCAUAGCACUAUACUUUUAACACAACUGCUGAACACCACAGGUUCAGUAAAAGCUUGCUACUAUACCAUCUGUCCACCUACAAGCAACACAAGCAGGCGGAACUCACACUAGCAGCGAUAUAAGUCUUUCCGUGAUAUUAUCGUAAUUAUGAAUACUAUUAUGAAAAUAUGAGUGUUGCUUGUGACAACGGCCAUGUGUCUAAUAGCUGGUAAAUACCAACAGUCUCUAUGAUAGAAUAGUCUCUUAUAAUUAUAUAUUAUAUUGUAUUUUUAUAAUUGUAUAAUUUUAUAGAGAUAAUUGGUAAACACCUCUGUAAGAUACAAUAUUAUGGUGAACAUCAUAUGGUAACUAUGGGGACGCCUUGAUGACGUCACUAACAGGUGAACGACGACAGGUUGUAUAAAUAUUAUUGACUUUA